AUGGAGAAGCGACUGCGCAAGAGAGCCCCGAUCUCGUGCCUUACUUGCAAAAAGCGAAAAGUCCGCUGUGACAAGAAGAGACCGUGCAGCGGAUGUGUGAAGAAUAACGUUGGCCACUUGUGUGUCUAUGUGGAGCCUACGUGGGUCGAUGACGAGGUCAGAAAGGCUGCUGAAGAUCAAGAUGUCAAGCUCAAGGCCGAAUUCGUUAAAGUCAAAGCCGCCAUGGAGAAGACGAUUGCAGCCCAGAGAAGCGAGAUAGAGGCUCUUCAGGCCAAGCUUGACAGCCAAAAUACACAGGAGAUGAAGCAGGAACUUAUAAGCCCAAAAGCUCUGCCCCCGGUGGCGCCAUCCUACUCGCUUCUGGACGAUGCAGCCGCUUCGGCGAUAUCGAUCUUGAGAAAGCUUGACACAACUGACACACAGACCCUGACGCCAGAGGUCUUGGACGACAACUUUUACUCGCUCAAGGGCUUCCGACACCUGAAAAGGAGCAAGUGCUCUGAGUCGUUCGUUGCUAAGCUCUACUCAUGGCUCAACAUCAUCAAGCUUGACCCGCAGCUAACAGGGCUCUGGUACAAAAUCACGAACCUACAAAAAUCCUAUCACAUGUACAAGACUAGUUUGCUCACGAAAUACCCUAAGUCAGAGCGUGCUGUCUACGGAGACAAUGGAUGCCCCAUGUCUGGUGCUUCUCAUGAGCAUGGUCCCUCGUGUGGCCAUCUUCAAUGCCCAGUGGUGGCCUGCGAGUUCAACCUUAUGGUUGAGGAGACUUCAAAUAAGGUGGGAACGCCGAUGAGCCGCUCACAGAGUGCAAAGAUCAAGAAUGAAAGCUCGGACUCUUCUACUCGUGGCAACGAUCCCUCGACAGUUAUUUCACAGCUCCAGAAAUUAUGGUUAGAGUUGAUCAGCUAUGGUCGUGGUCUGGAACAGAUGAACUUCGACCAACUUGUCUACUUGAUCAACUUUUACCUAAAUCUCUCUAACGCACCAGCUGCGGUGCUGCUGUACGAGCUCGAGUCCCGAAACCUUUUUCGAUUUUACCGUGACGACAUUCUAGACCUUUUCAACAGGAGUGGGAACGAUGCAAUUCUAGAUCUCAGUGGCCUUGAAUCCCAAAUGAGCGAGGCUGAGGUGAUCUCAUUUGCUAAAUUGAAGGGCAUAUACCUUUGUAUGCUAGGUCUCAUGGUCGAAGAGUCUCUUGAUAUCUUGAGACUGAGAAGUGGCAGGCAAGAUGAGAUACUGAAUAUGUUUCAUCAGGUAUUCCCUCUAGAAGCAGUGCAUCAAGGGUUGGGUUAUAAGAGGACCUCCGUGCAUGACUCCAUACGAGACUUCCUCGAGUUUCUUGCUCCUCAAACAUACUCCACUGAAUUCUGUAGUCUGUUGCCAUGCCUUGCUGUCUUCAUGGGCUUCCUAAACAGGUGCAUCGCCCUCUACAUAAAACCCGGAAUCACCAGUGAUGUGCGUCUGAGCUUCACAUCAAUACUUGCAAGAAUGCUUGACAUGCUAGAUAGAGACGACAGCAGGCUACGCCUCUGGGCUGAUCCAACGUAUGUGCGUUUCAACGGUGCCAAUAUGUCUGAUGUUAGACAAAAAGAGCUUAGGCUUCACUUGAGUCAUUUGUGGGUGGAUUUUAUGAGAAUUAUUAAUCAUGUCACAUUCAGCACAGUUCCAAUCCUUCGUCAUUCUGACAAGCUUGAUAAGCAAAUUGAAAGUUAUUUUGAGAACAUUCAUGAGGCUGCUGAGAACCAGGACCACCUUAAAUUUGUUUCCAAGCAAAAAGCUGACCCAAGCGACGACCAGAUUCCCGAGCUUUUGGCAUCUCUACAUGUUUAUUAUUUGAGCUCAAAAAUUUUUUUGUUUCUUCGCAAGAGUACAUGUCGUCUGUCUGGCUCAAAUGUUACAAUUAGUGAUUUGCAAAGGUUGACUAAGGAGAUAGCCGCUUGGAUCGAAGAUAUUUCCCUCACAAAAUUAAGAAUGUCGAGAUAUUUUGAAGUCAGAAGUAUGUUCCAAUAUUUAGACUUUUACAUUUCGUUCAUCAUAUUCUUGCAAUGUGAGGAGGAACUCGACUACGAUUCGAUGUGCAAGAUUUUACCACUUUUGUUUUCCAAAGGUUUGGACUUGAUCAACUUCUUGCAAGAGAGUGUGAAGCAGUUUUCGAAGAACACAGGGUCACAAUACAUUCUUGGUGCCGUCGCAGAGAUCUUGUCCCGAGUGUCCCAUCUCAAUGUGGGCCUUCUCAUACGCUUCAAGAGAGACGAGAGUGGAGAUGGCAGUGACUCCAACGAAACCCCUGCGCCGUCCUCUCUUGUUUACACUGCUCCUUCAGAGAAUGCCAAACCUUUUACAAUUUUGGUACAACAGAAAGAGCAACUAAUUAUGGCAACAGACUCUGUUCUUAUGCUUUUAGAGGGCCUGUUAAAUCGUGAAACAUUUAGUCGUGUCUCCAAAAUGUGGAAGUUUUACAUGACGUUUGUUCGAAAUUCACACCGAAUGAACCCAGCUGCCUAUGCCAGGAUUCAUGCUGACGUCUUCAAAUCCGGAAAGCUCAUGGACACUUGCCCUGUUUUGCCAAGUCCAGCGAAAGUUGCUUCCACCUCGGAUCGCAAGAGUAGCACCGCCGCGUCCGGUGGAUGUCCAUUCCCGCACCAAAAUAACAGUUUCGAACCUUUUGAGCCGUUUUCCAACCCGUCAAGGUCUCUGUUUUCAAGGCAGAGCUCUACUGUUGAACAUAACUCGCCACAAGCACAAAUCAAAAACGAACCAACUUCCCCCUUUAACGACUCACGCAAGCGAAGAUGCCCAUUUAAUCACGAAGCGAUGAGAGGCACUGCUAAGCCGCCAAGCUUCAACGAAAGCAACAUUAGAAGAAGCCCAAGUGUUGACGGACCCCCACCUACAGAGAAUCAUAUGAUCAAGAGGCCUCUGCCUAGGCCCUCUACAAGCGGUUUCCCCUCAAUGAUGCCGGCUCCCCCAAUGUCUAUCCCACCCAUGCCUAUGGCCUCUCCCAGUCCGACCGUGGGCACGAUGGACUGGGACACCUUACCAAACUUUAAUUUCGAUCUCUUCCCUGAUGAGACUCUCAUGGCUCAAUUUGGCCCCGGCGAGCUCAACAACCCAAACAUUGAGGGCAUAUCGAACACCUUGCUCAAGGUAGCCUUGGCAACGGGUCUUCUAGGAGGAACCUUAUAUGCCACAAGCGAUACCUUCCGUGAUUCGGUUAAGCACAUAUACUAUACCACUAAGCGUGUUGGUGUUGUCACUGUGGCAACAACAAGGUGUUUCAAUAUUUAUGUCAAUGUCCUCGGGAAGGACUUCGAUGACCAGCAAGAACGCAAUAAAGCCCUCUCGGAAGCCCAUCUCAAGGCUGCUAAGAUCACCCUUAAGGCUUUGGAGAAAAACGGUGGUGUUUACAUCAAACUUGGUCAGCACGUAUCCGCCUUGACAUACUUGCUUCCUCGAGAGUGGACUGAUACAAUGAUUCCACUUCAAGAUAGAUGCCCCCGUUCCUCAAUCGAAGAAAUCCAGGAGAUGUUUCUCGCCGACAAGGGUGUGCCUCUCGAUGCCAUGUUCAGCGAGUUUGAUCCCGAACCAGUGGGCGUGGCAUCAUUGGCACAGGUUCACAUCGCGAGAUUGAAAGAUUCUGGCGAAAAGGUAGCUGUUAAAGUUCAGCACCCUGCCCUUGCGGAGUUCGUGCCCUUGGACAUAUACAUGACACGGACAGUCUUCGAUUUGAUGUACAAGGUGUUUCCUGAGUACCCAAUGACAUGGCUUGGUGACGAAAUGCAAAACUCCAUUUAUGUCGAGUUGGAUUUCGUUAACGAAGCGAGAAAUGCCGAAAAGACAGCCAAAUAUUUUGAGAAGUAUAAAAAAGAUACUGCUUUGCGGAUUCCAAAAGUGAUUUCUGCAAACAAGCGUAUCCUUGUCAUGGAAUUCGUCGCUGGUGCCAGACUUGACGAUUUGAAGUACAUCAAGAAGAACAACAUCAACACUGCGGAAGUCUCAUCAUGUCUUUCCCAUAUAUUCAACAACAUGAUCUUCCUCCCCGAUGCUGGAUUACACUGCGAUCCACAUGGCGGCAAUCUCGCAAUCAGGAAGGUGUCUAAAUCCGAGAGCGGAAGUGGGCACAAUUUCGAGAUUGUCCUCUAUGACCAUGGUCUCUAUCGCUACAUUCCCCUAGAGAUGAAGCGUGACUAUGCUCAUUUGUGGUUGGCGAUUUUGGACAACAAUAUUCCUGAGAUGAAAUACUACGCUGAAAGAGUGGCACACGUGAAGGGCCAGCGGAAAUUUCAGAUCUUUGCCGCUGCAAUUACCGGAAGAGACCCAGACACUGCCUUGAAUUAUGACAUUUCAAAAUCCAGAGACUCGAGCGAGGUAAAGAAUAUGCAGCAUCAAUUGCACUCCGAAGAAGGCGUUCUCGAAGACUUAAUGGAUGUUUUGAGUAAUAUGCCUCGUAUGGUUUUAUUGAUCUUGAAGACUAAUGAUUUGACGAGAAAUCUUGACGAGAAUUUGGACAAUCCCUUAGGACCAGAGAGAACAUUUUUGAUUUUGGCAAACUAUUGCGCCAAAGUUGUCUACGAGGAGAGCAAAGAGAAAGAUAACCGGGCUUACAAAACAUAUUCGUUAACCUGGGUCUACCAUAGACUCACCAGCUGGCUCGCCUACGAGAGAAGAAAGAGUGCUUUGUUUUUCUACGACAUAUUCAUGCUCUUCAGAAAUCUCAGAAAGCACCUCACAUCAUAG